AUGGAAGAAUGCUACAGCAAGUAUGAACUCGAAGAGGUCUCGCUAUCGGCGUUACUUGGACUACUGAGAAAAUGCUACGUCGAUGCUCGUGCCGUUGUCCGGAGAGAUCCAGCAGUGGCUCUGCUCACACAAAUUCUCAAUGACACUCCAGUCUAUAGGGCGAUUUGCUCCGUGCUUCUUGAAGAUGUAAAUAUUCAAGAUCAAACCAAUAGGACAUUAAAAAGAACAUCAGCACCAGCGUUGCCUGCUAUCGAACUUCUCUCUAUUGCCGUUUCUCGUUAUGCGGCACUGAAAACUUCCAUCCGAAGCACCGACUCGGAUAUAAUGCUUGCUCCCUUGCAUACGUUGCUUCUAUCACCUUUACAGCCGUCUGGUCUGAACAUCCUUGACAUCUUGCUACUUUACCUAGAAGAGGCUGAGAAUCUACCGCGACAUGCUCUACAUGCAGCCCGCAUACUCAGAGAGCUAUGUGCGGUUAGACCAUCACUACAAACACGAAUGGUUGAGUUGCUCAUUGCACGCAGAAUGGUGGCGCGGAACGUCCGAGCAGUACGCAGUGCAUUGAAUCCGGCAACCAUCAGA